AUGUGGAGUUCAGCAACUGGUGGAGUUCUCUGCAUUUAUGUAUGGAAUUGGCUGUUUGAGCCUGCGCUGGUUAGAGCAACUCCCGCUGUUCCUGCGAAGAACAACAACUGUGAGGGAGUAAGAGAGCAAAUACCUUCUAUUUUCUUCAAGUUCCAGUUCAAAAACGUAGAAUACAGCUCGGGAAGGAAUAAGACAUUUUUGUGCUAUUCAGUGGAACAGCAAGAUGCAGAUUUCCAGAAGAUGCAAGGAUACGUGGAGGACGAGCACACAAGCAUGCAUGCGGAAGAGGCCUUCUUUGUAGAGGUCUUCAAGGAACGCAAUGGCAGCUCGAAGUACUCCAUCACUUGGCACGUCUCCUCCAGCCCUUGUGCGGCCUGCGCUUCUAAAAUUGCAGAAUACCUGAAGAAGAGUCCCAACGUCCGCCUCACCAUCUUCAUGGCUCGCUUGUUCAUGUGGGAAGAGCCUGAGAUCCAACAAGGUCUUCGGCUGCUGAAAGCUGCUGGUUGCCAACUGAAGAUCAUGAAAGCUCCCGAGUAUAACUACUGCUGGAGCACUUAUGUUGAAAACGAGGGGGAAUCUUUCGUACCCUGGGAAGACCUACAGACCAGCAGCUUGGCAUAUGAAGGGAUUCUAAAUGAAAUUCUACAACGUGCCUAGAAGGGUGAGGCAUUCUGACGUGUCCCCAGAUUUGGUGGUUCCCACCAUCUGAUGUUUUUAUUGCCUCAGUGCAUGUUUGCUGUGAGCACUCUUAUUAGUUUUUAUUGAUUUACACAUGGGAAGGAAAGGUAAGAGUGACGGUGUCAAUACUGAAAGUUUGGUUAACUCUUUAUUUAUAUAUGCCAAUAAAAUUAGGGGUUGGAGGGAACGAGUCUUGUGAUUAUAAUUCUGCCUCUGAGUCAGAUAGGGAAGGAUUUGAAAGUUUCUAUGAGUUAACACCGGAGCUCCAAAUAUAAAAUUCAUAUAAAUUGGGUGUUGGUGAUCAUCCCAUGUGUCUUGUUGGGAGUCCAUGGCAUUCUCCAAAAUAAAAGAGAGCAACCUGGUGCAAAGAUAGUCAUAGUUGUGGGAGUGGUGUUCACUUUGUGAUCUGUUAGACUAUAAGUAAGUCUGCAACACUAUUCAAGGACUAAUGCAAUGUUACAAAAAAAGGGGAACAGAGAUAAGACUGAUAUUCUUUUGGUUCCUGACAAUAAUCAAUAAAUUUUUCACCAAACAGGCCAAUGUUAAAUGGCUAGUUGGAAGCAGUUAUGAUGGGAAACAUCUUGCAGUGUUUUGGAAUAGUGCAGUGAUGUGCAUAUCAUGUUUCACAUCCCAAACUCCUGGUCAUGGUUUGUGUCAACAGACAGGCAGACCAGGACACUUUCAGAAUUGUACCACAAGAGUAACAGACGCAUGAACAAAUGAUGACUACAGGAAUUAACAAUGGAUGAUUGGAGAGCUUAUGAGCAUAAAUAUUUUCCCUAGUGUGCAAUGUGCAAUUGCAUUAGACUGACAGAUGAGGGGUAAUUGGAAUCGAGUGAAACAAGUCAAUCAUUAUUUUAAGAUUAUACUAGUUAUUUUUUUCAUAAGCAAUAAUUUUGUUAUAUAUAUAAAAUUUAGACUUGUAAUAAAAAUAGAAAACUCUGAAAAUACUCAGAUCAAGCACUAUGUAUGGAAAGGGAAAUAGUUCACAUCAAAGAUUAUAAUCUUAUAGUCAUUUAUAUAUAUAAAAUCAUAUAUAACAAUUACAGCACAGAAACAGGCCAUCUCGGCCCUCCACGUCCAUGCUGACGCUUACUCUCACCUAGUCCCAGUGGCCCGCACUCAGCCCAUAACCCUCCAUUCCUUUCCUGUCCAUAUAUCUAUCCAAUUUUACUUUAAAUGACAAUACUGAAUCUGCCUCUACCACUUCUACUGGAAGCUUAUUCCACACAGCUACCACUCCCUGAGGAAAGGAAUUCCCCCUUGUGCUACCCUUAAACUUUUGCCCCUUAACUCUCAAAUCAUGUCCUCUUGUUUGAAUCUCCCCUACUCUCAAUGGAAAAAGCCUAUCCACGUCAACUCGAUCUAUCCCCCUCAUUAUUUUAGAUACCUCUAUCAAGUCCCCCCUCAACCUUCUACGCUCCAAAGAAUAAAGACCUAACUUGUUCAGCCUUUCCCUGUAACUUAGGUGCUGAAACCCAGGUAACAUUCUAGUAAAUCUUCUCUGUACUCUCGAUUUUGUUGAUAGCUUUCCUAUAAUUCGGUGACCAGAACUGUACACAAUUACUGUUGAUAUAUCUUUUAAUAAAGUAUUGACUUGAGAUGCCAUACUGAUGUCUAUAGCACUGCCACAGGUGGGAUGCUGUACACAAUGCCAUGGCAUGUUUAUACAUGUUGUAAUGUGUAUGUCAAAAUUUGAAAUAGACAACAGGAAUGUUAAAAGUGUGACAAAAACAGUAAGUGUUACUACAGGAAGUUAGAUGCUUUGGAAAGCAAUGCGAUUAAACUUUAGAUUUUUAGUGUAUUUUAUGGAGAUUUGGAACCACAGUUGCACGUUUUACAGAUUUGUCCUGCUCAAGUUCAAAACGGCUUUGAGUUGCAUAUGCCAGGGUGCAGCAGUGACGUAUGCAUUUAUAUCACAGGUGUAAAUGUGAUGGAUUAAAGGCAUCGUCUGCGAGCAGACUAAAGAACAUUAAAGUACAUUGACUUAAGUGUGAUUUUUUUUCUAACAGGCUGAAACCCCCCAGUGUGCAUAAUUUUGGAGGGGAUAUUAUAAUUUAAUAACAGCACCAGAGAUGUUCAUAACUAUAUUGAGAAGAGCGUCCUGAUACUCUGCUCAGUGAGGUGGGUGCUCAAUACUAUUAUGGGAGGGAACUAGGAGAAAGCAGUCCCUCUGCUCACAUAAAUAUCCUCUCUAAAAAGUUACUGAAUAUUACACAGUGGCCAUAUUUCACAAAAAUACUUUUAAAAUUGGGCAGCUGUGACAAUUCUUGAAAUUCUGACAAAAAGAUGUCUUUGGUGCUAUAGUUUCAUGCUAGGUAAGUUGUACAAAUAGAGAAUAUUGGAAUGGUGAGUUUACAGCCCAAACAUCUCCCUCCACAUGGAAACUUUAUGAAUAACCAUUCUAAAUUAUGAUAUCAGGCCUGCUAGUGGAAGUCCAUAACUUUGCCCUUGCAAAACUCUCCCUCUGUGUUCAACUGCCCUUUGAAUAUUCCAUAUGUUUUCCUCUAAUAUUCAGGGGCUAAUUAUUUUAUGUAUGUUUUCAUUCUUGAAAUACGGACGUUCUUUUUGAAAUUUGAUUACAUUUCACUCAUUAAAACAUAUUUGCUAAAGCAAGACCAGAGUUCACCUUAACCAGCAUUUAAUGUUUGCCAUUUCUCAAAAGGCAUCCAGUUUUCCUACUGCGUAUUUUGAAUGCAACCAAGUACCG